CGUGUGUGUGCGUGGCUGCGGCUGGUGUCACUGUGGUUUCAGUUCGUGUACGAAGAACAGCUGAUAUUUCUCGUCUCCAUCAAUUAAAUAAGAUAACCAUUAGUAAAACCGAUCGUUGGUGUCGUCAAACACAUAUCGGAUUUAUUGUUGUUUUGUGUGUGUGAGAUAGAGCAAACAAUAAAACUUUUUUUGAUGGUGAGAGAAACUUCACACUGAUAGAGUAACGCCGAUUUUAUACAGCCUAAACAAACUUCUCACGGCACAGAAGUAUAUUCUAGGCUAAAUGAGUAAAUAAUACGAGGACGAUGGAUAAAUACCAUAAACACACAAGGCUGUCUAUCUAAAAAAUCAUCGCUCAACGUGGUCACCGAGGCAACAGGAGUAGUCGGCGUCGCGGCGGAGAGGCGGAGGCGCCCGGGGCAAGAUGCCAGGACUGAGGGGCAGGCUGCUGGUGGAGGGGUGGGGGGGCACGUGGCAGAGGAUGACCCGGACGAAGCAGGUGGCCACCGACGCCAUGGACACGCCGCUCAACCGCUGCCUGUCCACGCUCGACAUCACGCUUCUAGGCAUCGGGCACAUGGUGGGCGCCGGCAUCUACGUGCUGACGGGGACGGUGGCCAAGGACACGGCUGGCCCUGGCAUCAUCCUCUCCUUCCUGCUGGCCGGCUUCGCCUCGCUGCUCGCCGCCCUCUGCUACGCCGAGUUCGGGGCGCGGGUGCCCAAGGCGGGCUCGGCCUACGUGUACACCUACGUCACCAUCGGCGAGUUCUGGGCCUUCGUCAUCGGCUGGAACAUCGUCCUGGAGCACAUGAUCGGCGCGGCGUCCGUGGCCCGGGCGUGGUCGGGCUACAUGGACUCGCUGUUCGAGGGCGCGCUGAGCAACGGGACGGUCACGUACAUCGGGACGCUGCACGCCGGCCUGCUCGCCCCGUAUCCGGACUUCCUGGCCUUCGCCGUCACGCUCGUCUACUGCGGCUUCCUCACCCUGGGCGUCAAGGGCUCGGCCUACUUCAACUCCAUCUUCACGCUCAUCAACCUGUGCGUGAUGGCCUUCGUCAUCGUCGCCGGCAUGAUGUUCGCGGACCUCGAGAACUGGAACACGGAUAGGGGCUUCCUGCCCUACGGCGCCUCUGGCGUCGUGGCCGGCGCUGCCACGUGCUUCUACGCCUUCGUCGGCUUCGACAGCAUCGCCACGGCCGGCGAGGAGGCCAGGGACCCGGCCAGGUCCAUCCCGCAGGCGACCCUGGUGUCCAUGAGCGUGGUCACCGUCGGCUACAUCAUGGUGGGCGCCACCCUCACCCUCAUGGUCCCGUACUACACCCUGAACCCCGCCGCCGCCAUCCCCGACGCCUUCGCCGCCCACGGCGCCAACUGGGCCAAGUACGUGGUGAGCGUGGGCGCCAUCUGCGGCAUGACCACCACGCUCUUCGGCUCCCUGUUCAGCCUCCCGCGCUGCGUGUACGCCAUGGCCGCCGACGGGCUGCUCUUCUCGUGGCUGGCGCGCGUGUCCGACAAGACCAAGGUCCCCGUGAUCACCCUGAUCCUGUGCGGGUUCCUGUCAGCCCUCAUCGCCCUCGUCUUCGACAUCGAGAAACUGGUCGAGUUCAUGAGCAUCGGAACCCUCAUGGCCUACACCAUCGUCAGCGCCUCCGUCAUCAUCCUGCGGUACCAGCCGAGCUCCAGGUGUAACAUCAAGAGCCCGAGCCACAGCGCCACGCAGGCCGCCUCGACGCCCGGCACCGUUACCACGCCCACGACGCCCACCUCCGUCGAUGACAUUGCUAAGAGCGACGGAGAAGGCGGAGAACUGCGGUCCUCCUGUAGGUGGCUCCUGCACGUGGUCGGACGUCAGGAAGCAGGAACCGUGGCUACGUGGGGCGUCGUCAUCUUCACCGCCAGCAGCGCCGCCCUCUGCUCCCUUCUGCAGUGGGGGGGAAGACACCUCGCCCUGCCCUACCCGUCGGCGUGGGCCAUCAUCCUGGCGCUGCUGCUCGUCGCUCUGCAAGUCUUCAGUGUGGUGGUGAUCCUGUCACACCGUCAGAACAACUUGGUGCUAAGCUUCAGUGUCCCCCUUGUGCCGAUGUUGCCUCUCGUCUCUAUCUUCUUCAAUGUUGCCCUAAUGGUUCACCUCAACCCCAUGACCUGGAUUCGGUUUAUUGUCUGGAUGGUCAUAGGUCUGGUCCUGUACUUUGCAUAUGGGCAGCACCACUCAAGGGAAGGGGAGCCAGUCAGCAGCUACUCAACCCUCCUGACAGAGCCUGCCCCAGCUGGUAACACAGUCUUUGGCUCCGUCCAGCAUACCCUCUCCCACGUCACUGCCAAGAUUGCCUCGGCUGCUUCAGAGGACAAGAAACCCAUUGUGGAUGAGUCACAAAUUGAUGAUGAUGAUCUUUAAAGUGCAUUUGAAGUGAAAAUUUAAUUUGCAUAUUCUUGUCAUAAAUCUUGAAUUAAAGAUAGGUUUCCAUGGAAUUGUAAAUAAGUGAAAAAUUUGAAGACAGGAUACAAUGGGAGUCCAAAAAUUAAGUUUUGUGACAAGCCCAAAAAUCUCUGAUAUCUCAAGGUUUGCACCUUCCUCUCUCACUAUGCACAUGACUGUGGCCUUCUCAGAUCCAGUUUAUCAAAGAAGCUCCAUGUUAAAAAAUAUAAUUUUUUUUUUUAAAGGUGUAUAUGUCAGAAAAUAAUGACUACCAAUUAAACUUACAUCAGUAACACAGCUAGGGAAGAACAUCAUUUCUAUUUCUCAUAAUUCAGAUAUUGUUGGCAGCAUUGCAAUUUUCUUCUUAAAACUACUUGUUAACUUCUUACAUUUCAUAUGUUUGAAAGUCCCUGUCAUCUGAUUCUACCAAGGGACUGAAAACUUCUGUUUUUCUGUUGUAGCACUUCAUGCAUCUUGAAAGACAGUCCUAGGAAGUGCUAUGCAAACUUUGUGAUGUCAUAGUGAGUACCCACACUGUCCUAUGAAUAUUUCAAAUGUGAGAUUUUAAACACUGAUUAUUAAUUAUUUAUCCAAUGUUGAUGAUGCAAUAGCAUACAUCAUUAAAUCUAUGUUUCCUGCAAGAAAAAGAAAGUGAACUGCAAAAGUUGAAUUUCAUUUCAAAGGCACUUUAGGGAGACAUACCUUUGCUGCUGUAAGGCUUUUCUCACUGCCUGGGAGAACUGCUAUCCCUUUUACGUAAUUGAGUCUUGUAAUAAUAACCUUGACUGAUUUACUGAGUAACAGCACAACAGAUAGUAUGUACAGAUUUUAUUAGAAAUCAUAAUAUAAAAUGUUGCAAAUAGAAUUGGUAUUACCCUUUAUGCAAACUGAUUAAUUUAAGAUAUAUUAAAAUUCACUGUAGAAUAAUAAUUCUUGGAAGUUACUAUUUAUGUAUGAAUGGGUGGCUUUACAAACCUUUAUUAUACUCUCUUAGAAAGAGCUGUAAUUUUUAUGUUUAAAUCUGUUUUAAUAACUUAAACUGGGUUUGAUGCUCUGUUACUUUCUGUUGAAAAAUGCCAAAUGUAGUCAAAGUUUAGAGACAUACAAGGGAUUACUAUUUUUCUACUCUAGUUGGUCAUGAUAAAGUAUGAUGGAUGAAGUUAAAAUUAGCAACCAGUUAAAUAUUGCAUCACAUUGGUUUAGUACAAAUGUAAACAUUUGAGAAAUUUAGUUCGGGAAAAUGCCAGAAUAAUAUCUAAACAGUAGAUGUCUACAGAGAUGUUUUUAGUGAGAAUUUUGGGUAUACAGGUGAAUUUUAACAAUUGUGUAGAAAUCAUAUUUAGGUUUCUACAUGUUCCUCUUAUGAUCAUUAUUAAGAAACCUAGACAAGUUAAUGAAGCAAAGAGGUACAGUUAACCCACUUCGCUACUGAGAUUUUUGUACCCCUCUUUCUCAGGUAGAGUAAGCUAAGAAUUUCUUAAGAGGUAGCUCCAGACUUUAGCAUAAGGCUUCAGAGCUUUUCAGGUUCCUCCUAAAUGACUUUGAUUGACAUGUAUUCCUUGGAAAAUGGAAGCUUGUUUGUUCAGUAUUAAUUUUAUUUCAGUUCAUCUAUUGAUAACCAUUAUGAACAGUUAUUGUUCUGAGAUGUGCUUUACAAAUUCUUAUUCUAUGGAUAUGUUCUUUUUUUCCUUUUUUUCCCUUCAUUUCUAAUCUCUUUUAGGCCAUAUUACUGUAUGGAUAAUCAUUAGUGUGAGCAAAAGAUGUUGCUUUAAUUGUCGUUUUGCCUGUGUAAAAAAAAUGAUUACUAUGUGUCUGUGUGCAUAUAUGACUGAUAAUGAUUACUGGAAUAGCCUUGGCAUGAUCCCCAAUCAAUUUUGAGUGUAUUUCAACACAUUAUACACUGCACUAUACCUUUAUAUCAUGCAUCUUGUUCACCAUGCAAGUCACUUUGUACAAUACAUGCACACUUUUCCUUCACUGUUCUACUGUACUUUUGUUAAGCACAUCCAUAUUAGUAAAUUUCCUAAUAGAUAGACAGCAUUUUCAAGGUGCAUUGGAAUAGCAAACAUGUGUGAUAAGAAAGGGAGGGGCUUGAAUAAUUAAUGGAUCAGUGUAAUGUAUACUAUUUAUUUUAAAAGUUAUAUGAUAAUAUUUUAGAUAGAGAAAACUAUAAAGAGCUACAUAAAGAGAGCACUAGUGUAAUCUGUAAAUAGAAAGUGGAAUCUCACUCUAUUAUAUUGUUAAAAUAUUAAAGUAAUCUUGUAUGAUAAGAAAAUAACAACUUUAAAGGGUUUUUAAAAACCCGGUUUUGAUAAAGCCUUUCACAAAGACUUUAUUCAGCAGAUGCAUGUGACUAUCAUUUCACCUGAAUCAAUAAAAAUUGAAUUCCAAAAAAAUUGUUUGAAAGGAGUUAAAAAGGCACUUUCGUAGUAUCCAAUUUUUAACAUCAUAUUGGAUACUAAAAUAACUAAUGAGUUUGGCACAGCAUAUGCCUUUCCAGUGAUAAGCACUAUUGUGAUAAUUUGAUUUUAAAUAUAAAUGCUAUUGAUUUUGGUUGAUUCUGGAAAUACCAUCUUGGGUCUCAAUUUCUCUUCAGUCUAUAUAUUCAACUUGGAUAAGUAUUGUAUUUUUAUAUUAUAUAUUAUGAUAUUUUUAUGAUUCUUAUUAAGCUUUAAACUUUUUAUGAUUCUUAUUAAGCUUUAAACUUAAUUUGUGAUACAUAAUGUUAAUCUUCAGAAUAUGUUCUCCCUUAGAUUAUAGCAAAGAAUGGGCUAAUUUAUGGCAGAUUCAUAUGCAGUAUUAAUGAUGAUAUCUUAAAUGUGCAUGUAAAAAAGCCUAACUUCAACAUGCAAUUGUAAUUAAUAUUGAAAGUCUACAACAAAAUGUUAUACAA